UAUCCGCGCCGUUAUCCGCACCGUUAUCCGCACCGUUGGUACCCGCCCCGUUGGUACCCGCCCUCGACGCCGCCAUGCAGCUGCAGCCCAUGGAGAUCAACCCCGAGAUGCUGAACAAAGUGCUGAGCCGUCUAGGGGUGGCGUCCGGCUGGCGCUUCGUGGACGUGCUGGGCCUGGAGGAGGAGGCGCUGGGCUCCGUGCCCGCCCCGGCCUGCGCCCUGCUGCUGCUGUUCCCGCUCACCGCCCAGCACGAGAGCUUCCGGAAAAAGCAGAUCGAGGAGCUGAAGGCUCAGCAGGUCAGCCCCAAAGUGUACUUCAUGAAGCAGACCGUCGGCAACUCAUGCGGCACCGUCGGCCUCAUCCACGCCGUCGCCAACAACCAAGACAAGCUGGGAUUCGACGAUGGCUCCGUCUUGAAACAGUUCCUGUCUGAGACGGCCCAGCUAUCUCCUGAGGACCGAGCCAAGUGCUUUGAGAAGAAUGAGGCCAUCCAGGCAGCUCAUGAUGCCAUAGCGCAGGAAGGCCAAUGCCGGGUAGACGAGGCCAAAGGGACCUUCCACUUCAUCCUGUUCAACCACGUGGACGGCCACCUGUACGAGCUGGAUGGCCGCAUGCCCUUCCCGGUGAACCACGGUUCCAGCUCUGCCGACUCAUUGCUCAAGGGUGCGGCUAAGAUCUGUCGGCAGUUCACGGAGAGGGAGAAAGGAGACGUUCGCUUCUCGGCCGUCGCCCUGUGCAAGUCGGCCUGAAGGGCGGUGGGAGGGCUCACCCCGGCCUCCCUCCCCACCCAGGCCCCUGUCCUCCCCAUCCAACAAAGCACACCAAUUCCUCGUGCAGUCUGAACGCUUGCGCCUUCAACACCGCUCUCACUGCCCUGCCCUCUGGCCCUAUUCUCGCCCCCCAACUCUGCACCAGCAGGGUGGGCUCCCCUCCCCUCCUCCCACUCCCCCAAGCCGUGGAGGCUCGGGGCCUUGUCUGACCCGGAGCCGCGGAGCCGCCUUCGGCCUGGCUCGCUGAGUCUGUGUCGCCGUUCGCCUUGGCUUGUGGUCUAACUGUACUGCCCAGGGAGAAAUAAAGUUACUCUUAGAAAAGCAAAGCGGG